AAAAAAUUCGGUGUGAUAUUCAAUUCAGUGUUAGCGAAUGUUAUUUCAUCAUGCUUGAUUCAUUUUUUUUUUUUUGAUUCAUUAAUGAAUUUGAUGAUUUUUUUUUAUUCACAAUUUUUUAGUUGAAUAAAAUAUUGAUUGAUUGAACCAAAACUAAACAAAACAAAAGACAUUUUCAAUCAUAAUGUUUUGGAAAAUCGUUGCCGGCGUUGCUGCAUUAUGCAUAGUUUUGAAACGAUUUUUUUUCGACGAACCCGGUCAAUCUCAUAACGCUCGUAUAACAUGUAGUGAUCCUUAUGAUGAUUAUCGUUUUUAUGAUGAUGAUCAUUAUAAUUAUCCAACACCAUCGUAUGAAAGUCCAUUGUAUGAAAAUCCUGAAUAUUCUGAAAAUUCCGAUUAUUCGGAAGAUUCUGAUCGCAUCAUCAUAUCAUCAGCAUCUUUGGAAUGGCCUAAAAUUACCUGUCAAUCAAUGCAAAUAUCACAAUCUUUAAAAAAUGAAUUUCUUUCUUUAAAAACACGAAAUCUUAAAGAAAAAGCAGCAUCAUUUUUAUCAAAAUUUAAUCAAAAAAAACAAGAAUUUGGUAAUGAUAUGAAUAUUUUUUUAUUAUCAAUUCUUUCAAUUGAUUGGACAGUUUUCAUUAACAAAUCGAUUCAAAAUAAUGAAACAAGUGAAGAAUUUUGUUUUCGUUGUAUUGAAAAAACUUGUAUACAAUUGAUACCUUGUUUAGAAUCGGUAAUGAAAUUACGUUAUGAUUCAGUUGAACAAUAUAAACAAGCUAAUGUAGCAAUGAUUAUUAUCAAUACUAUGGCACAAAUUGAAAAAGAAAUUGUUUCCGAUGAACAAUCAUCAAUCACCGGUGGUGAACAAUCAACAACAACCGAUAAACAAUCAACAACAGAUAAACAAUUUCUUGACAUGAAUUUACGUACAACAACAAUAUUUACGAAUUCACAAUUAGUUCAUAUAAUAUUUGAUUGUAGUUUAAUGGCCAAAGAAAUAUUUGAAAAAAGAUUACAAUUUAAUAAUUCAUUGGUUACUAUUGAACCAGUUUAUAAUGAAAGUAAUCGAACAGAUGAAACACAAUUUGGUUAUAUUACAGAUUUUUUUACAACAAUAACCAACAAUGAAAGCAAUAGUCAAAAUAUUGGAAAAUUAUUUUUCUCAAUGAUAAUGACUAAAUCUUCUUAUCAAAAAUUACUGCCACAACCAUCAUCAUAUUUUUCAAAUCAAAAAUAUCGUAUUAAACGAUUAUUUUAUCUACGACCUUCAAUACGAUUGAUUGAAACACUUGGUUAUUUAGAAUUGAAUCGAUAUGAAUCAUUAAAUUCAAUUGUUAAAUUAGAUUCAAAUCUUUUUACCUGUUCAUUGUUACCCAAUCAAAUGUAUGAACAACGAUUAAAUUUUCAUAGCCAAAAACCAUAUAAUAUUAAAGAAAAAGAAGCAAUUAUUGCUGCAUCCAAUAUUGUUAAUCAAUCGGAUCGAGAGAAAUUUCAAAUUCUUAUGGUACAAGGUCCACCUGGUACUGGUAAAACUCAUACAUUAAUCGGUAUGAUUAAAAAUAUUAUCGCUAAUUCAUCAUUAUCCGAUUUGGAUCAUUUUCAUAUACUAAUUUGUGCACCAAGUAAUGGUGCAAUCGAUGAAAUUGGUCGACGAUUAAUAGCUGAAAAAGAAACAUUUCUUCAUAAUCGUUCACUUGAAAUAGUUCGAAUUGGACAAUCAUCAAGAAUUCAUGAAGAUAUGAUCCCAUAUGAGCUUGAUCAACGAAUCAAUUCUCGUUUAAAGGAUAAUAAUAAAAAUAAACGAAUGGAAAUACGUUCAAAAAUUAUGAAAGAAGCUGAUAUUAUUUUAACAACAUUAACAAGUUGUCAACAUUCAUCAUUGGAUAUGUUUAGAUAUUCUUCAAAAUUUUUUCGUUGUCUUAUUAUUGAUGAAGCAUCACAAUGUGUUGAACCGGAAAUUUUAAUGCCAUUAGUUUAUAAAUCUAUAACAAAAGUUAUUAUGAUUGGUGAUCCAUUACAAUUACCGGCAACAGUUAUAUCGAAUCGUGCACAAGAUGCAUAUUAUGGUCGUUCAUUUUUCGAACGUUUUGAUACUUAUUUCAAUCAACAAUUAUUCACAACAACAAUAAAAAUAACAAUACUUACGGAACAAUAUCGUAUGCGAAAAGAAAUCUGUUCAUUUCCAUCAAAAUAUUUUUAUGAUUCAAAAUUACAAACAGCUAAUGGUAGUGGUUAUAAUCAUUUAAUCAAUAUAAAUCCAUAUUUUAUAUUUGAUAUUAAAGAUUCAUAUGAAUCAUCAUUACAAAUUUCAAGAUUAAAUCUUAAUGAAGUUAAAUUUGUUUGUAAACUAUUUGAACAAAUUAUUGAAAAAAUUGGCUAUAAAUCUAAUUCAUUGACAAUAACUAAAUUACCUGUUUCAAUUGGAAUCAUCACUUUUUAUCAGGAACAGAAAAAAACAAUUUUAUCGCAGUUAAUGAAAAAAUUUCCCGGAAAUUUAAUUGAUCAAAUUAAAAUUGAUACUGUUGAUGCAUUUCAAGGACAAGAAUGUGAUAUUGUUAUACUAUCUUGUGUUCGGGCACCGGAUGAAUUUGGCCAUAUUGGUACAAUUGGUUUUGUACGUAGUCAACAACGAAUGAAUGUUGCAUUAACACGUGCACGAUCAUUACUUUGUAUUUGUUUGCAUAAGAAAAAAUUUUCCAAAAAUUCAAUUUGGAAUAAACUUUUAUCGGAUGCCCGACAACGUAAUCGAUUAUUUUCCAUUUCAUCUACAAUCAAAGAUUUUCAACUUAAGCAAAUGCUUGUUUAAUCUGGACAACCUGUUUGUGAUCGAAAUGUGUGAUUUGCCAAAUUGUUUUCUUCAAAAAAAAUCACUGUGAUCUAUCUAUUUGUUUAGUGAUCAAAGUUCUUUAAAUUUUUUUUUUAAUUU